AUGACAAGACAAAAGCCCCCAGAGAAGGAGGGCGGCCUGCCCCGACAAGUGGGCAACAAGACGGAGUGUGGCCUGCUUGGCUUCGCCUUGGAUCUGAAGCAGGACUACAAGCCCGUGCGGAGCCAGAUGCCAGAGGAGAAGCUGUACAAUGUGUACACCUUCAACUUGCUGCGCAAAUCCAUGAGCACCGUGAUCAAGCUGCCCGAUGAGAGCUUCCGCAAGUACAGCAACGAGGCCUCGGAGAUCGUGCUCAAGAAGUGCUGCAAGAUCCUCAACGGGGCAGGCGAACCCCGGGUCUUCCGACCCCGAGACCGGGACGAAUUGGUGAAGAAGGAGAUUGAGCCCAUGGCAUGUGACGGGCUGAGGACCAUCUGUGUGGCCUACCGCGACUUCCCCAGUAGUCCUGAGCCCGACUGGGACAGUGAGAAUGACAUCCUCAACGACCUCACCUGCAUCUGCGUGGUGGGCAUUGAAGACCCUGUCCGGCCAGAGGUUUCUGAAGCUAUCCGCAAGAGCCAGAGAGCAGGCAUCACAGUCUGCAUGGUCACCGGGGACAACAUCAACACAGCCCGUGCCAUCGCCAUUAAAUGCGGCAUCAUCCACCCUGGGGAGGACUUCCUGUGUCUGGAGGGCAAGGAGUUCAACAGGCGCAUCCUUAAUGAGAAGGGAGAGAUCGAGCAGGAGCGGAUUGAUAAGAUCUGGCCGAAACUUCGGGUGCUGGCCCGCUCCUCGCCGACGGACAAGCACACACUAGUCAAAGGAAUCAUUGACAGUACCCACACGGAGCAGCGGCAGGUGGUGGCAGUCACGGGGGAUGGCAUGAAUGAUGGCCCUGCUCUCAAGAAGGCGGAUGUGGGCUUCGCCAUGGGCAUUGCGGGUACUGACGUAGCCAAGGAGGCCUCCGACAUCAUCCUCACAGAUGACAACUUUAGCAGCAUCGUCAAGGCAGUCAUGUGGGGUCGCAACGUGUACGACAGCAUCUCCAAGUUCCUGCAGUUCCAGCUGACAGUCAACGUGGUGGCCGUGAUCGUGGCCUUUACUUGAGCCUGCAUCACGCAAGACUCGCCGCUGAAGGCCGUGCAGAUGCUAUGGGUGAACCUUAUCAUGGACACCUUCGCCUCCCUGGCUUUGGCCACCGAGCCCCCCACUGAGACCCUGCUGCUGAGGAAGCCAUAUGCCCGCAACAAGCCCCUCAUCUCCCACACCAUGAUGAAGAAUAUUCUUGGCCACGCCGUCUACCAGCUGACGCUCAUCUUCACACUGUUCUUUGUUGGUGAAAAGAUGUUCCAGAUCGACAGUGGGAGGAAUGCACCCUUGCACUCGCCACCCUCUGAGCACUACACCAUCAUUUUCAACACCUUCGUCAUGAUGUAACUCUUCAAUGAGGUCAACGCGCGUAAGAUCCACGGUGAACGCAACGUCUUCGACGGCAUCUUCUGAAACCCCAUCUUCUCCACCAUCGUACUGGGCACCUUUGCCAUCCAGAUUGUCAUCGUGCAGUUUGGGGGGGAAGCCUUUCAGCUGCUCCCUGCUGCAGCUGGACCAGUGGAUGUGGUGCAUCUUCAUCAGCUUAGGGGAGCUCGUGUGGGGCCAGAGUUCUUCCCUGCCGUGCCCUUGAUGACUGUGAUAGUUUUGAAGGACCUGUUGGUUUUGUUUGCUUGUGAAUCUUUUCUGAAUCUCUCAAGCUCACCUCAGAGAAAUAGGAUGGUUACCGCCAAAAACGGCACCCUGGAAUUGCUCUGGGCGAGAAAUCAAGAAACACCUAGUGACUCUCCUCAGAGGGCUAAAAAUGGCACCCCCAAAACUCAGUCGUGGAACUGUGGAGGCCAAGAUAUCAAGAAACACCCAAUCAACGCCUCUGCUGCAGCCUUGACUAACCCUGUCUACGAGGAAUGUUGGAUUUGCUACUCUGCCCAGCUGCCCUUCUACGAAGGAAUUGCCACCUUCGGCGGGUCCACUGCUACCAAGAACCCUGCUGACCUCCAAUGGGGAGCUGAGACACAUCAAGGCAUAACUUUGAGUCAGAUCAUGGGCCUUUCGAGUGCUAAACCUGGAAGCCCACCAAGUAGCCGCUCCUCAGAGGACUAUGAAGAAACAGAAACAGAAAUCGAAACAGAAAAGGAAUUGUUGAAUGAAGAUCUACUCAAGAACCUGACAAAAGACACUGAUCUGACCAAUAAGUUCCAGAAUGGUGUGACAAAACUGUCCAAAAUAUCAUAG